AUGAAAAAGAAUUGUAAAAAGAUUAAAGCUAAAUUAAGAAAUGCUGAUUUAGCAAGAGAACGUCAAGCAGAUCGUAUCAUACAAGAGAAAAAGGAAAAGAUAGAAAAGAAGAGAUCAAAGGAAGCUGAAAAGAAGAAACAACAAGACAGAAUGAUAUUUGAUGAAGUUGAAAACGAAGGAAAUCAAAGAGGAAGAAAGAGAGUUAGAAGAGCUCCAACUCAAAUGGAUGAAAAGGAUGAUUAA